AUGCUAAAAAAAUAUAAAAUAAAAUUUUUGCAUGAUUUUUAUCCCAUGGAUCCUGCACUAGAAAUAAAAUAUUUUUUUAACGAAAGCAGGGACGAACUUGAUUUACAAAUAAAAGAAAAACCUGAAGAUUUUAUUGUACAAGAAAUAACAAGUAACAACAUAUUGUGUGAUGUAUCACCAGUGAUUAACCUACAGGAAUAUAUUAAAUCUAUAAAUUUAAUGAUAUAUUUGUUAACUGAGCCAAGAACUGAAGAAGAUAUCACAAAUUUUAUUUGUUGUAGUGAUUUUAAUAAAGAUUAUGAUUUAAAUACUCUUAAAUCUCUGUACAAAGAUUUGGAUUAUAAACCUAUUAUAAUAAAAGAUAAGGAACUAAGGACUAAUUUACAUAAUUAUUUAUCUUAUAACUUGUUUAUUAAUACUAAAACUAUUGAUGAUCAAUUUAUAUUUGAAAGAUCACAUUCAAAUACAUACAAUUUUGUGUUAAAAAAGGUUAUGAUGAAUACAGUGGAUGCUUGUAAAUUUAUUGAACGUAAUAUUGGUUGCUCGGUGUCAUUCGCCGGAAACAAAGAUAAAAAAGCAAUUACUUAUCAAGAAGUCAGUUGCAAAACAAAUAUUAAUAAUUUAUUAAAUUUUGUAUUUGAAUAUACAGAAUGUACAAAUAAAGAUUAUGAUAUUCUUCGUGUAAUUAAAUUUCUAGAGGAUAUAGAAAUUACCGGAGAUGAACAGCAAAUUUUUGAUGACAUAAAAAAAGAAACUACAGUAAAUAAUGAACAAUAUAAAUCAUGUAUUGGUAUUUAUAACAUUAAAGGGGGACAUUCUAAAAGACUAGGUGACCUUAAAGGCAAUAAAUUUACAAUAAAAAUUAGAAAUGCGGCUGAUUUAAAGUAUAAAAAUAUAGAAAACGGAUUUAUUAAUUAUUAUGGACCUCAAAGAUUUGGUAAAGCAAAAAAUAAUCACAUUGUAGGGGAAAAGAUUCUUAAUAAAGAGUAUGAAGAGGCUAUUAAUCUUAUAAUUAAAAAUAGUAAAGGAUAUGCGGAUUUUAUAGAAAAAAAUUUUGAAGAAUGUCUAAGAAAAUGUGACAAUACAGAAAGAUUUAUUUUUAAAAAAUUACUUUACCAAAAGAAAGUAGAUUAUAAACAAAUAGUACUUAGUAUGAGAAGAGAAAUUAGGAUGUUAUAUUUACAUUCUUAUCAAAGUUUUUUAUUUAACAAAGAUGUCAAUAAAUUUAUUGAAACCAAACAAGAUUUUUCUGAUUCUGUACUAAAAUUACAGAAAAUGAAUGAUAAGCUUUUAAAAGGCGGUGAACGUAAAGUUUUAGAAAAAGCUAAGAAUGUUUUAGCAUGGCAGGAUGGUACGGAUUUUGUAGUAUCUUUUGAGCUUAACUCUUCAUGUUAUGCUACAAUGGCACUUAGAGAAUUAUAA